ACAUCGCGGGAGCGCAGGACAAGGACCUUAACAUCCUUAGCGGUAUUCCCGAGUGUAGCUCGGGGUAAAAAUUUCUAUACCAAGAGCGGUAACCCCGAGCUACACUCGGGCUUACCCUGUGGCGUUGCUCUGGGGGUCCCUGCAGCACUUACCUUGUCCUUCGCUCCCACGAUGUGUCCCCUGCAGCGUCCCCGGCCAUCUCCUCCGGCCGAUGCCGGCAUCCGGCUUCUGUGUUCCGGCCCCUGUGACGUCGGGACGUACGGGUGCCAGAAUCGGCGGGAAAUUUGAAAUUUUUAAAAAAUG